CCGGGCAAAAUUUCUCCGCGUGAUUUAUUGACGUUCGGUCGAUCGCUGCUGCUGAAGCAUCUUUUAUCUGCUGCUGUCUGCUUCGGGAAGCGCACAGACCGAAUGCGCGAGCGCGGAAGUUAAGACAUGCCAGUCCCGGUUUCUCCCGAGAUCUCACCGAGCGGUUCGCACGAAAAACAUCCACUACGCAUCUCCACAAGAAAAAACAAGUAACAUUGGAGAGUGGACUGCAUUCAGUCUUGAAAAUGGCAUUUUGAUGUGUGGCGAAAGCCUCAACCAAUAAUGGCCCAUACGAUAAGCAAUAUAAAGCAUACAGACGAUCCACUGUUGUUGGUUGCACCGCAUGUCAUCUUCUACCACCAUCAGGCAGUCUCCUGCAAAAACAUCUGAGCUCUGUAGACAGAUCUGAGUGGUAGUGUCUCCAUCAUGAGGUUUUUGUUGAAGAACCUGGAUAAAAUGAGAUGCUUACGUAAACGCUCCACCAUCCCCUUUUUGGUGAUUCUCAUCACCUUUCUGCUCUUCAUGAACCUUUACAUGGAGGAUGGCUAUGUGCUGGAGGAGGAUAAACGGCAGCUCAGGGAGGUCUCGAUGCACCCGCUAAAUUCUGAGCGAUAUGUUCACACCUUCAAAGACAUCACCAAUUUUUCCGGAACCAUUAACGUGACAUAUCGUUACCUUGCUGGGACACCUUUGCCUCGAAAAAAGUACCUCACAAUUGGAUUAUCAUCAGUGAAAAGAAAAAGAGGAAAUUACCUUUUGGAGACCAUCAAGUCCAUUUUUGAUCAGUCUAGCUACGAAGAGCUUAAAGAGAUUGUAGUUGUGGUUCACUUAGCAGAUUUCGACCUGGCUUGGUGUGAGAGUUUGGUUCAAGAGAUCACCCGCAAGUUUGGGCAUCAUAUCAUUGCAGGACGUCUACUGGUCAUCCAUGCGCCCGAAGAAUAUUACCCAUCUCUUGACGGGCUGAAGCGAAACUACAAUGACCCUGAGGACAGAGUUCGGUUCCGUUCCAAGCAGAAUGUAGACUAUGCUUUCCUCCUAAACUUCUGCACCAACCUGUCCCACUUCUACAUGAUGCUAGAGGAUGAUGUGAGAUGCUCACGAAAUUUUCUUACUGCUCUAAAGAAGGUAGUCACUUCCAGAGAGGGGUCAUACUGGGUCACUCUGGAGUUCUCCAAGCUGGGGUAUAUCGGGAAGCUUUACCACUCUAGAGAUCUCCCCAGACUUGCACACUUUCUGCUCAUGUUCUAUCAGGAAAUGCCAUGUGACUGGCUGUUGAUUCAUUUCCGAGGCCUGUUGGCGCAGAAGGAAGUGAUCCGCUUCAAGCCAUCGCUUUUUCAACACAUGGGGUACUACUCAUCAUACAAGGGGGCUGAGAAUAAACUGAAGGAUGAUGACUUUGAGGAGGACUCACUGGAUAUUCCAGACAACCCCCCUGCCACGCUGUACACUAACAUUAAUGUGUUUGAGAGCUAUGAUGCUGCCAAAGCUUACAGCAGUGUGGAUGAGUACUUUUGGGGCAAGGCUCCUUCCACUGGGGACUUUUAUGUUAUAGUCUUCAACAAGCCAACAAAAAUCAGCAAAAUUAAGAUCAGCACUGGAACAGAUGACCGGCAGAAUGACAUUUUGCAUCACGGAGCUCUAGAAGUUGGAGAGAAACUGGUGGGAACAAAAAAAGGCAGGCAGUGCUCCUCCUACAUCACUUUAGGAGAGUUCAAACAUGGGAACAUUGAGGUUCACAAUGUGGACCAUAAAAUCGCUUUUGAUAUUGAGUGCGUUCGCAUUGUGGUCACAGCAAACCAGAAGGAAUGGCUGAUCAUCAGAAGUAUAAGCCUGUGGACUACUCAGCCUCCAAGCCAGUGAGAACUGUUAUGGAUCAUUACAAUACUUGUCAUACAAAAGGCACAACAAUCAGU